GCAUGGGAAACAGUGUUUAAACCCAUUACAAUGAAGAUCUGUGAAGUUAUUUGGAAUUUUACGAAUUAUCUUUCAAAAACAGGGUCCUGAAAAAGGGACGUUUCUUUUUUUGCUGAGUUUAUAUGCAGAAUCAUUAUUUUUUACAAAGGUUCAUUUAGUUUUUAAAAGAUAAUGUUGUUUCUUACUUUCUUUGUACUUUUUCUAAUUUAUUGUAAAAUUGUUUUUGGAGGGUGUGUUAAUAUGUAUGUUAAUAUGCCUAGCAGCUCAUCUUUGAUUAUUUCUGUAUUUAUUUAGAGUAAUACAAUUAAUUAUAUAUACUGUUUCAACAUAAAUAGUUUUUUAUCAACUGCUUACCAAGUUUAAUAAAGAUCAUCAUCUGGAAUACACAACUUUGUCACUACCUGAGGUAAAAUAGGUGAAGAAUGGGUUGUUGGUGGAAAAUACGUAAUAAGCAUGUUGGUAAUGGUAAACUAUUUAUUUACAUCUCUGACUAAAACUUCCUUGCUAUUCCAUUGCCAUUACUUCUCUCUUUCACGUGUGCCUAUCUAGCUAAAUGUCUGGACAUCACAUGACAGCCUAUAAAUGGAAUCCAGUUGUUUCCCCAUGACUAAGUACAGAUCUGAAAAUAAUAAUUGAACUGACAUGCAAUAUAGCAUGGAUAUAUGAAGCGGACCAGAAAUGUGUGUACUCUAGUUGAAGACAAUAUAAGCCUUUCAAGACCGCUGAAGCGGCCAUCCAGUGCUGGACAAAAUUCCCCCCAUUUAAAGAUGCUUUUGGAUUGUUUGUAAUCCCCCUCUGAUGUCACGGUGGCUGAGGAGGAGGGGUAGGGGAGGGAGGCAGCUCGCUCACAGCACAGCACAGACCGACUGCUGCUCAGCCUAGCCGGGUAGAGUGAGAGAGGUGUGGAACGAAAGAUGGUGGAAUUGCAGGGAAUGGAACGGACCGACAGCUUGCAGAAACAUCGAUAUUGAAGAACCUGAGGGUCCAGGGGAGCUGACAGGAUACAGGGCAGGCGUUGGAAACUGACUAAUUGACUUGAGCACGUUUUAGAGCCAGUGACCUACACUGACAAGAGCCACAAGGCCACUGAGAUCCACGGAACCAUAGGGUCCAACCCCAACUCCGGCCCCCUGACCUCUGCUCUGAGAAGCCACCUCACCACCCUCCACACCUAUAGAUGGUUCUAGAAGAAGCCCUUCCACGGAGCUGCGUUUCUCCCAGACGGCAGGCGAUGCAUUCCGCCUAGACUCCCCACCUCGUUCCCCGACCAAACCGAGGCAGCCAUGAACCCCGAGGAGGUGGAGCAUGGCCAGGAGCUGAUCGAGCACGUAGAAGCCGACCAGCCCCCUCCUCAACGCCGUCGCCACGACAACCACAUUGCCACCAACAACGGUCGACCCCGGCAGCCUAGCAACCACAGUAGUGAAAACAACAACCACCCUGCUCCCCGCUACAGGAGAUAUAAUGAGGCUCCUGGCGCAGGUGGCAGCAGGGUCAGAGGGCCCCCACAACGCAGGUCAACAGAGGAACCAGAGGCGGAACUUCACCUGGGGGCCCAGUCCACUCCCCAACCCCAGCAGCAGCAGCAGGCCCAGGGUCAGUCACAGCCCAUCUUGCGUCCUGCAGUGACACGUUACCGCAGACAGGGGGACAGCGAGGCCAGGCUCAGAGCACAGCAGCAGAGACACAUACAGAGACAGCAGAGAGAGGCUGAGAGGGUACACCAACAACAACAACAACCUCUGCCAGCCCCACAGCCUGUUCACUCUCUACCCCCAGAACGAGAAGAGCCGGAGGAGGAUGAGGAGGAGAGAGGGAGGUAUAGAGAGAGGGAGACAGAGGGGGAUAACUCUGCGUUAGGCCGUUCGGCCAGCACGGAGAGUGCUUUCCACACACACACAGACCGGGCGGAGGGCGACUGCGUCAUGGCCCUAGAUCUUGAGGCAGAGGACGAGGGCGGUACUUACGAGGUGAUGCUUCGCCCAGAGGCGGAGGGAUACACAGAGAGCGCUGAGUCAGAGCAGCACCAUCCCCACCCUCAGCCCAACCUGAACCUCAACUACCCCCCUCAGCCCCCUCCCUUACCCCGGGAACCCCUACCAGACGUUGGGAGACCCCACAGUCAGGAGGAGGCAGAGGAAACCCUGAACCCUGGUGGUGGUUACUCUAACUACGUCUACACCCAACCUCCCAACCUCCAUGGGGGAGGGGCCAGGGUGCCGGGGGAACGGGACAGCAGCGUCAAGGAAGGGAUGGAGCCUAAAGACGAGGCAUAUUCUGAAGCCUACCACUACUCCCUGACAGAACAUGUGUAUGAGGAGAUCAGCGACGCCCCCUCUGCUGCUGCUGCUGAGGGGGCGACUCCUACAAAUGCCAACGAGAACCUCCAGCAGAGAAAGGCGGCGUUCCGUCUGUUUGAGGGGGGGGACGGGGGCGGGGACUACUGGCAGCAGGAGGCAGUGGGGUCGAGGCUGCACCACUACGACGAGCGCUCGGACGGCGAGUCAGACAGCCCUGAGAAGGAGGCGGAGUUUGCUCCGUACCCGCGUGCAGACAGCUGUGACCAGGACGGUGAAGAGGACAUCAACAUGAUCGUAACGGAAGUCAGAGAGAGUUCCAGCUCUCAGAGUCUGGAGAGAGCUGCUGUGGGGUUGGGGGAGGGAGGAGACAAAGAAGACAUGAUGAAAGGAGGAGAGGAAGAGGGAGACUCUUACAACUCCCAAUCCGACGCCCCCACAGACUCCAAACAUCCCAAGGGAGAGAUGGAAAGAGAGGGGGAUGAGAGAGAAGGAGAGGGCGUUCCAGCCCCAGCAGACAGUCCCUCUGAGGACUCGUCUGGGGUUCGUAACAGUCGUGAGAAAAGAGACGCCAUCACCCUGGCCAUAAAGGACAUCAAAGAGGCCAUAGAGGAGGUGAAGACCAGGACGGUGAGGUCACCCUACACCCCUGAUGAGCCUAAAGAACCCAUCUGGGUGAUGAGACAGGACCUGAGUCCCACCGCUGAGUGUUGUGACCUGCAACCCUCACUAGGGGGCGACUCUCCAGGUUCAGACUCUCAGGCCUCUCCUCAGGGGGCGGAGUCUUCAAUCCGGACACCCAUGCUUGAAGGGAGUGAAAGCUUCGAGUCUCCACCGCUUUCCACUAAAGAGUCCAGGAGAAGCCUGGCCUCCUUUCCUACCUAUGUAGAAGUCCCAGGUCCAUGUGACCCAGAGGACCUGAUCGAUGGGAUCAUCUUUGCCGCUAACUACCUGGGCUCCACCCAGUUGCUGUCUGACAAGACCCCCUCCAAGAACGUGCGCAUGAUGCAGGCCCAGGAGGCUGUCAGCCGCAUCAAGACGGCCCAGAAAUUAGCCAAAAACAAGAAGAAGGCUCCAGAAGGUGAGGCCCAGCCCAUGACGGAGGUGGACCUCUUCAUCUCCACCCAGAGGAUUAAAGUCCUCAACGCUGACUCACAGGAGACUAUGAUGGACCACCCUCUGAGGACCAUCUCCUACAUCGCUGACAUCGGCAACAUUGUGGUUCUGAUGGCAAGGCGCCGUAUGCCCCGCCCAGACUCCAUGGACAGCGUGGAGGCGUCAGACCCCGCCGAGGACGAGAAACAACGGCAGUACAAGAUGAUCUGCCACGUCUUUGAGUCCGAGGAUGCUCAGCUGAUUGCCCAGUCUAUAGGCCAGGCCUUCAGUGUGGCGUACCAGGAGUUCCUGCGGGCUAACGGCAUCAACCCAGAGGACCUGAGUCAGAAGGAGUACAGUGACCUGCUCAACACUCAGGACAUGUACAACGACGACCUCAUACACUUCUCCAAGUCUGAGAACUGCAAAGACAUUUACAUCGAGAAGCAGAAAGGUGAGAUUCUGGGCGUGGUCAUUGUGGAGAGUGGGUGGGGCUCCAUCCUGCCCACAGUCAUCAUCGCCAACAUGAUGCAUGCUGGUCCGUCGGAGAAGUCAGGCCGUCUUAAUAUCGGAGACCAGAUUAUGUCUAUUAACGGGACCAGUCUGGUGGGGCUACCCCUGUCCACCUGCCAGACCAUAAUUAAGGGUCUGAAGAACCAGUCUCGUAUCAAGCUGAACAUUGUCAGGUGUCCUCCUGUUACCACGGUGCUCAUCAGACGACCUGACCUCAGAUACCAGUUGGGCUUCAGCGUACAGAACGGCAUUAUCUGCAGCCUUAUGCGAGGGGGCAUCGCUGAGAGGGGAGGGGUCAGGGUCGGCCACCGCAUCAUCGAGAUCAAUGGCCAGAGCGUGGUGGCCACGCCCCAUGAGAAGAUCGUCCACAUCCUGUCCAACGCUGUGGGAGAGAUCCACAUGAAGACGAUGCCAGCUGCCAUGUACCGCCUGCUAACUGCCCAGGAGCAACCUGUUUACAUCUAGUGAUGACCUCCCUCUCCUACCCGACAUCCGACCUCACCCCCUGAUGACCUCACUCCCUGACCCCCAGCAUCACUGCACCCUCUAUGUGUGAGCAACUCCUCCCCCUCCCUCAAGCCUCAGAUCACCAUUGGAGACUGAAGCUUCUUAAUCAUAACGAAUGGACAUAUCACAUGCUCUGGAUGACUAUUUUAUCUGAUUGUUUUGCUGUGGAGAGUAGAGUUUGGCUGAAAAAGACAGCUUGUUCAAGCCCCUCCCAUACUGAGGGUUGCUUCCUGAGCUUCGCACUGACCUUCCCUUCUUUCCCAUGUUUCUUUCUCUCCCUCUCUCUGUUUCUCUCUGUUUCUCUCUCUCUAUCCCUCUCCCUCUCACUUUCUAUCGGUCUACCUCUCUUCUCUAUCCCCUCUCCCUUUCUCUCACCGGCAGCACUCGUCUGAUGUAAUGUUGAAUACUUCUGUGUUCUCCCACAACACAAACAAAAAGAGAGGGAGUGUGAAACUUGCUGAUAAACAAGUGUUACUACUCGGAACAACAAGCCCCUAUCAUUCCUCGUCAUAACAUUCCAUUGCCUUCCGUCUAACGUUAAUGAAUGUCCAAGCAGGGAGGACUUUUCCCGACUGUGGAAGUCCUCCAGGAAAGACAAAAAAAAAAAAACGUUCUUGUUGUUUUUAAGGCUGAGAUUUGGGCUGAUAUAACAAGCAUUCCAAGUUUCUCUAAGUCAGGCCUCGUCAAGGGAAGGCUACACUACAUAGACCAAAUGAUUUAAAACCUUCCAAAGGAAUUCACAUUCCCUUCACAUGCAGUCCAGAAAGUCCAGAAAAAACAGUUCUACAAGGCUGGAGGACAGCCUUGUAAGACAGGGUUUAGACAGAAGCCAGCCCUGAAAUUGGGAGCUUUUGAAAGUAAACAUGUAAUUCUACCUAUUGCCAGGACAACAAAAUAACACUGGUCUCGUUCUCACAUGGAAUUAGCAUUAAUAGCAAAACGCUCUCCAUCCUCAUCUUUCCCUUCAGCAUCAUCUUGAAGUGAAAACUAUGAUUAGGUGACAACAGAACUCACAACCACUAGUACGGAAGUAAAAAAAAAUAAACACUUGCUAAUAUUUUUUCAAAACCGAUUCGGCUAAUCACAUACUAUUUCCACUCUGGGAAGAGGGACUCUGCAUCAUCAAACCACCACGUCUUAAGGGUUUACAGUCACUCAGAGACCAGAGCUUAAAGUAAAUGCCCAGUGUUUCUAGAUUUCUAUGAAAUAUGACCAAUAAUUACAAUAUGAGUGAAAUGGUUUUCGUUUAAAAAAAUGGUAAUUAGUAUGUUAAAAAGUAGCUUUUCUGUGUUGGAAUGGUGUGGGUGUACCCCAACAACAGAAUAGCGUGGCCGUAUACCGGUCAUUAAAAAUAUUCACGCAAGUAGACAGCUGAUUGACCAGCUCAGCCUCCUCUAGACAGCUGAUUGACCAGCUCAGCCUCCUCUAGACAGCUGAUUGACCAGCUCAGCCUCCUCUAGACAGCUGAUUGACCAGCUCAGCCUCCUCUAGACAGCCGAUUGACCAGCUCAGCCUCCUCUAGACAGCCGAUUGACCAGCUCAGCCUCCUCUAGACAGCUGAUUGACCAGCUCAGCCUCCUCUAGACAGCUGAUGGACCAGCUCAUCCUCCUCAGGGUGAUAUGUCUAUGAGAAAAUAGCAAGCAUUUUUGAAAAGGUUUGUUUGAGAUACAAGUUUGAGGUGGGGUUUUUGAAGUGUUUUUUUCCCCCACAAUUUAUGUUUUGGUCACAUACAAGUCAACAACAUUAUUUGGAUAUGAGUUAACAGCAUAUUAACUUUUAAAGUGAGAUUUUAACUGGGCAGUUACUUUAAGCCAUACGUUACAUUUCACAUAGGUUGUAUCCCAAAUGGCACCCUAUUCCCUAUUGUGCACUACUUUUAAGCAGGGCCCAUAGGGCCUGGGUCGAAAGUAGUGCACUAUGUAGGGGAUAGGGUGCCAUUCUUGACACCUACACAAAGGUUCUGUACUAUAGGCUCAGGUGGUGGAAUACAGUAGAAGCUAAAACUGUUCAGAUCCAUCUUAGGCUGAGGGGAGAUAGCAGAGGUCAACCAGAUGUGUAUGGAAUACCUCAGACUUUGGCACCAAACUGAAGUUCAGGAUUUAAUAUUUUUUUUGCGAUCAGGACAGUUGGAUUAGAUUGUAUUACAGUACAACCUUAAAAACAACCUGGAUUUUACAUUCCUCUGUCUUAUUUAAUAUUUAAAAAAAUGUCUUGAAUAUAAUCUGCAAUAUUUUUGCCAGACUAUACUGUAAUUCUGUUUAUAGGUCAUUAUAUUGCAUUGCAUUUGGAUCUCAAUCUUUAUACUUGAAGGAUGCUUAUCAUUUAAAAAACAUGAUUUAUUCUUUUAUUUUUAGAUUUUAUUUUGUUAUCUCGCAAAUGUGAUGAAAUGAAAGUACUGAAAUGAGUCAACAUAUCAUCUCCCUGGUGUACAUGAUUCACAAGUCCUCAAAUGUAUCUCUGUUGCAUAAAGUGGAUAGAUGUUCCCCUCCUGUUUAUGUUGGGCCCUGCUGCCUUUCUGACUAGAAGUGAUUAAUGAGGCUACAGUGUUUUGAGACUAGGAGCUCGAUUCAAUCCUUAUCGGUGAAUAGCAACUUGACAUUUAAAGGUCAUUUCUGAAUUAGCCAACAUAUGCAGCAUUUACCGUGAAUUCAGUCUCCGCGAACGCAGGAAUAGUGCCUUUACAUUUCAAUCGCGCUAUAGCGCCGAACUUCGGCGAUACGGAUUGAAUCAAGCCCUAGCAACUAAAGCAAGAUGCGACGACUUACCACUGGUAAUGAACACGUCAACCACAAUGGAAGCAUUAUGUUGUAGUAGUAAAUUGAUGAGCAGAUGCUCUGAUUAUGGCCUUGCUCUAGGAGUGUCAGCUAAUGCAGAUGAUGGAUUGACAAUGAGAAGGAAUGACUAAUGUUGAUUCCUCCUCUAUAACCACAUAUCCUCCCUUUCAUUGAUCUGUCUGGCCUGCCGUCUACAUUUCAAAACCUAUUUUCUUCACAAAGAGAAAUAAGACUCUUCUCACUCUAGCUCUACUCUGGGUCUGUAGCUUACUUAAGAAUCAGAUCUAGUUAUUUUAGAAUGUUUUAAAAUGUCAUUCUGAAUUGUCUAGAACUCUAGACAAUUAAAAAAAAAUGAAUUCCAGGAAGCUUCCACCUUGUUUAACGUGAAUGAGCUUUGACCUUCUGCCCAGACAUCCUUUCCCUCACUUCGUGUCUCCUGUGUCACUUCCCGCUUGAGACACGCCCCCUCUGGAUUCGUGUUUACAAACUGUCAUGGGACAGUUUCCGGGUUGUGGAGUGAACACACAUUAUGACGUGUGUCAUAAUAACACCUCUGUUGGAGGGACACAUUCUGUUGCGACACCUCUGCUACACUGACUUGUGGAGGGGACACAUUAUUAUGACGCUACACCUCUUGCGAGUUGCUGCUGGAGCACCCUGCCACCUGAGCUUGUGUGUCAAACGUUGACCCUUCCCCUCUGCCCUACUCUCCCCUCUAAACCAUUGAUUGUUCCAAAUGUCUAUUCUAUCUCAUCCCUAAAUCAAAUUUUGGCCUUAUAUAUUACUGUACUAAUGACAUUGAACUACUAAAUGAUACUGUAAAAGUGGUUCCUGUACGGUUGACCACAUGAUGUUCUAGCAUGGUUUAUCUAUGGAGUCACCGGUUGGUCGGUAAUAUGCUGUAUCAUUCCUGCUUCUAGUGUGUGUGGUGUGUAAUGACAACUUCUUUACUCCAUGUUCAACCAAAACCAGCUGGACUACAUAAUAUAUACAUAAAUAUAUAUAUAUAUAUAUAUAUAAAGGUAUAUAUACUGCUAAUGGUUAUUUGUGUGUUUGGAUUGACCAUAUAAGCAAGCUUCAAUGGAUAACAAGUAACAUGAAAAGAGAAUUCAGACUGAUGGCAAGGGCCCUUAAUGUGACUCGGAAAGAAGGGGUUUCAUAUGAACUAGAGAUGGAGUUGAUUUGUGUGAAAAGACAUAACUGUACAUAUUUGACGAGCGCACAAGGUCACAAACACAGGGGCAUAUUACUGUAGACCUCCCCCGCAAAAAAGUUGUACUUUGUUGAGAGAUGGUAGCAAACUUACACUUGAGUAGAUGGUGACUGAGAGGUGGGAUAACUAGUGUUUAUAAUGCACUGUUUUGAAUGUAAUUAAUCAAAAAAAAAAAAAACUUUCUGUAAAGCAAUGGCAAUGUUUAUUUAUUUGCUAGCUUUUCUGUGAUGUUACAGUUAUUGAACUACAUUACCUUACCAGAACUGGAAUGUUUGUAACAGUAUUUACAACAAUAAACUACUUGCGAAAGGA